UUUCAGAAUAAAUUGUGUAGCUUCGUUAAUGAUGCAAAAUAUCGUAGGUGCUCUUUUCUUUCUGGUUUCAAUUGCAUUGAUAUUAGCUCAUCAGGCACCAUCAUUUCCAGGUCAGAAUGCGCAGAAACCACCAGAAGUACAUCAUCAAGGUCAAAUGCAUCAUCAACCACCACCCGCUCAUCCUAAUACACCCUCGCAGGGUGCUCGAGAGUUUGGAGGUGAACAAGCGAAAAAUGUUGAGCACAUCAAGGAACAUUUGGAUGGCAAAAUUGAUCCAACUGCGAAUAUGACACCCGAGCAGUUGCAGUUCCAUUAUUUCAAUAUGCACGAUGCGGAUAAAAAUGGUUUGCUGGAUGGCCUUGAAUUAAUUAAAGCAAUCACACACUUUCAUGACGAAAAUCGGGAUUCCCGACAAGAUACAUCUCAACUACCACCAGUACUUACGGAAAUAGAAAUUGAACGGAUGUUAGAUCCAAUCUUUGAUUCUGAUGACCUUAACCGAGAUGGUUUUAUCAGUUAUCCUGAAUUUUCCAUAGCUCAAAAACAACGAGAUGAGCAAAUGAGACAGCAAUACCAGCAACAACAACAACAACAACAACAACAACAACAACAACAACAACAACAACAACGUCCACAGCAAUGA